UUUGACAAGGACUGACGUACUCUAGGCCCUUUGAAUACGGGAAGUUCCAGACACACCCAACCUUGACUGUAGUUUCUUGAAUGCUGAAUGCUGGAACUUAGGUAGAAGGACAGAAGCAAAAACAUUUCAAUAUGAGGGACCCACUGACAGAUUGUUCGUAUAAUAAAGUGUACAAGAAUCUAAAGGGGUUUUCUCAAAAUGGAGAGAAUUUCUGCAAGCAGGUCACAUCCAUUCUUCAGCAAAGGGCAAACUUGGAGAUUAACUAUGCCAAAGGACUUCAGAAGCUAGCAAUCAAGUUAAGCAAAACAUUACAGAGCACCAAAAAAAAGUGUCAUCCUAAACUGGAAGUACCAUUGCAAAGACCACUUUUGAUGGUGAAAGAGAGAGGGAAAGAAAAAAGAAGCUUUCUGGAGCUCACAUUCCUAGUCCUCCUCAGGAAUCCUCUCUGUCUCGUCAGUGCCUGGGCCUGGGUCUCAGAGGGCAUGAAAUCUGCGGCGGACCUGCAUCAAAAACUUGGCAAAGCAAUUGAGUUGGAAGCAAUAAAACCAACUCAUCAGGUCCUGAGUGUACAUGAAAAGAAGAGAAAAUCUCUUGAUAAUGAAGUUGAAAAGGCAGCAAACCUUGUCAUUAGCAACUGGAAUCAACAAAUCAAGGCCAAGAAGAAAUUAAUGGUGAGUACCAAGAAGCAUGAAGCACUUGCCCAUCUUGUAGAAAGCUCCAAGCAAACUGUGACUAAGAAGGAGAAGCAGAAGCUCCUCAGUAAACUGAAAAAAUCGACUGAAAAGUUGGCAAAAGAAGAUGAAAAUUACUACCAAAAAAACCUGGCAGGCUGUGCUACCAGGCUGAAGUGGGAAAACACAUUAGAAAACUGCUACCAGAGCAUCCUGGAGCUGGAGAAGGAAAGAAUUAAACUUUUAUACAAUAACUUAAACCAGUACACCCAACAUAUUUCUGUUUUUGGCCAAACCCUGACUACAUGUCACACUCAGAUUCACUGUGCCAUCAACAAGAUAGAUGUUGAAAAAGACAUCCAGGCUCUCAUGGAAGAAACUGCAGUCUCAUCCACAGAAAAUAAAUCUGACUUCCUAUUAACCGAUUACUUUGAAGAAGAUCUUAACAAUGCAAUGAAUAAAGAGCGACAAGAGUCUUCAAUAAAAUCCAAACUGUUGAGACUGCAAAAAGAUAUCGAAAAAGCCUCAAGAGACCGGGCAGGUUUGGAACAAAUGCUGAAAUCCUACUCUAGCAACUCCGCCUUCUUGGACACAGAGAGCCAAAGAAUCACAGCGGCCUUAAUGGAUGAGACCAACUUGAAACUAGACCUUUUGCAAGCAAACUCCUACAAACUGUCAUCAGUGUUAGCAGAACUUGAGCAAAGACCUCAACCCAACCAUCCCUGCAGUAACUCCAUCUUCAGGUGGAAAGAAAAGCAACAGACACAUAGUUAUGUGAAAAUAUCUCGGCCUUUUCUGAUGAAGGUGAGCAGGGCAUCUUGUGGUGGGCAGAGAAUCCCGAGUGCCUCAUCUGCAGCGUCUGGUGUGGCCCAGCUCGGCAGUGGUCUUUGCAAGGCUUUAUAUUCUUUCCAAGCCAGACAAGAUGAUGAAUUAAAUUUGGAAAAAGGCGACAUUGUGACUAUAUACAAGAAAGAAGAAGAAGGAUGGUGGUUUGGUUCUUUGAACGGAAAAAGGGGUCAUUUUCCUGCCGCUUACGUGGAGGAGCUCCCUUCAAAUGCUGGGAACCCGGCUACGCAGACGUAAGACAAGAUUCCGAACAUGCCGCCUUAGUCCGUAAACUUCACAAUGCAGUGCAAAUAAAGAUAAAUGCUGUAAUCUUUACAAAUA